AUGGCGAUGGCCGCGCGGCCACAGACACCCGUGCAGGAUGCAUACUUCGCGCAAUCGACCGAUCCGAUUCCAGCAGUCACUUUAAGACGCGGUUUUGGAAGUCUCCGUUCCUCGCGACCCAACUCCUACGCUGGAAACAGCUCCAACUUCGCCCUCGAUCAGUCGCGAAUCUCACGGGAGAUUGAAACUCCCCGCAGUUCUUUGGCGCUAGAGCGCCCUUCCGGGCUUCGGCGCUCGGUCUCGCAAAUGUCCCACGUCCGUUCGACCACCCCGUCUCGAUCCAGUUUUUUGGGCAAGAAGAACUCUCUGAGUAAGAAGAGUAGUAUACGACGAAAUGGAAGCCGUCGCUCACUCCGCGCAGGCAGUGUGAGGAGCCUAAGCUUAGGCGAUCGUGAGAAGUAUGCGGACGGUGUAGAGGACCCAAACAGCGUCUUUGCCGUCCCCAUUCCAACAACCGGAAACCCGACAGAGGCUCUAGCCAGUCGUUUUCAAGCUUGGCGCAAGAUCCUGAAGGAUUUAAUCGUAUUUUUCAAGGAUGUACAGAAGUCCUACGAAACCAGAUCAAAGCUUUUCUUAUCCGCGUCCAACAUCAUCAAUAACCAGUCCGUACCCGCUGCCUUUCUGCAGUCGGGUGGCUUGGCCGAUGCGACCCAGAUCCUCCGCGACUUCCACCGUCAGGGAUACGGCGAGGCAAGCAAGGCUGCCGAGGUCGAGGUCGAGGUCAUUAGUCAGUUGACGGGCCUGCGAAGCGAUCUCCAAAAGAAAACAAAGGAGAUCAAGAACCUCUCUGGAGACUUCAAGAACACCGUUGAGAAGGAAAUUGAUGUUACGCGCAAAGCUGUUCGCAACUUGCACGAGUCAUUAGGUUUAGUAGACGUUGAUCCCUCUGCCACUUCAGGCAAGGGUGAUCCCUUCCUGUUGCGUCUAGGUGUUGAGCGACAAGUCGAAAAACAGAUUGAGGAAGAGAAUUAUCUGCAUCGGGCAUACUUGAACUUGGAGAACUCUGGUCGCGAGCUCGAGUCCAUUGUGGUCAGUGAGAUUCAAAAGGCCUAUAAUGCAUAUGCCAGCAUCCUCAAGCGGGAAGCCGAUGAUGCCUACGACACUGUGGAGAAGUUGCGCGCGGGGCCGAUCUCGAUGCCACAGGAUCACGAGUGGAACUCAUUCGUUGCCAAUACUGAUGAACUGGUCGACCCGCGGAUCCCUCUUCGCAAUGUGGAAAGUAUCACAUACUCUGGUAAAGAUCAUCCAGCUACAGUGGAAGUUCGAGCUGGUAUGCUGGAACGGAAGAGCAAGUACCUGAAGAGCUACACUCCAGGCUGGUACGUGCUCUCGCCUACCCACCUGCACGAGUUCAAGUCUGCGGAUCGCGUGGAGUGGCAGACUCCAGUCAUGUCUCUGUAUCUUCCCGAACAGAAACUUGGAUCUCACUCACAAGAAGAUUCAAGCUCUCAUAAAUUCAUGUUGAAGGGCCGCCAGACUGGUACGAUGCAUCGGGGUCACUCAUGGGUGUUCCGUGCUGAAUCCCACGAGACCAUGAUGUCGUGGUACGCUGAUAUCGAGGGUCUAAGCAAUAAGACAGGUGAGGCCCGUAAUGCGUUUGUUCGAAAACACGUCCGAAGUGUGAGUGGCAUGUCUAUGAACAGUGAGGCUAUGGAGGAUGAUGAGGCCGAUCGUACCCCAUACUCUGCCGAAUCAGUUAUUCUGGUCCAGGAUCGCCCUAUGUCUGCCACUCGUCAGCCUGGUGGGGCUUUCCCCAGUGAUGUUCAGAUUGAUCGACACCUUCAAGCACCGCUGUCUCCAUCCAGUGGUGCUAGCUCAUCUGGGCGGGAGUUAAACACCGGCUCUCGUGAAAUUGACAAUGUGUCCCCACUGCCUACAAAUGAGGGCUCUGUUGCGUCACGCCCUCAGUUGGCUCCUCCACAUGAUAGUUACUAUGGAGACUGGAUGGGUUCCAAGCAGAGGGAGAGAUAUGCAGAUGAUCGUGAGAUUAAAUCAGACAGAGACCAAGCCUCUGUUAUAGGUCUUCGUUAUACCCCAGCUCCUCAAGUAUCUCAUCGGGAGAGUGUAUCCACAGUCCCUACCCACACUGACUACACCAACUACACCAACAAUACCAUACCGAGUUCUGUGGAAGAGGGUAUUCCUCACGGAGGAGAACUUGAUUCUGACCCUUUGGAGGAUGGUUAUUCCCAGAAACUUGCACAAAAUUCUAGCAAUCCUCAAGCUGGCAUUACUCAGGCUGGUCUUCAAGCAAGACCAGAUAUGGCACAUAUCCGACAGGACAGUGUGAUUGCUAUUGAUAUGAAGAUUCCCGGCCGCUUCCCUCCCACCAAUGUUGCCGCAUGA